AUGUCUCGCAAUGCCCAUGCCGUCACCGUUUUCCGGCAAUCCCGUGCCUUCGCAACCAUCUCACGUCCUGGUACCGGUGUUGGAAGCGCAUCUGUCACAUCCGUGGUGGCCAGCGGGGGGUCUGAUACCGCAGCGCUACAGAAGCUAGUCCGCUCUAUUCCUCGACCGUCCGCCAUUCACGCUGGUUUGGACGAGUACGUCGUCGGACAGGACAAGGCGAAAAAGGUCCUCUCGGUCGCCGUUUACAACCACUACAAACGCGUGGCAGCAAACGAAGCUGCUGCUGCGGCCGCUCUUCUCCGCGCAAGUCAAGAAGCAGCCGCAGCAGACCCCCCUGGCACAGUCCGAGCAGAGGCCGCAAGAAAGGAGGAUGAGGAAAAGCGAAGGAAUGGCAAAGUCGAUGAGAGUACUUGGUACGGACCGCCGCCGAUCAAGGAAGAACGUAUUUCUAGGCUCCAGGAGGCGGCGGAGCUUCUCGGGUCGAGGGAGGGCGCUCGCGACACGGCUGCCUUGCCCACCCAGCUGAUGCCCCGGGAUACUCAGACAACGUUACCAGAAGUGUUCACGGGUGGUGCUGCCUCGGCGGCAAAAACGAGCAAUAUACUCUCGUUCAGCGGGUCCGUGGGUGUUUUUGCGAAAGGCAGUGAAAAGGAUGCCGUGGAGCUAGAGAAGAGUAACAUUUUGCUCAUCGGAAACACAGGAGUGGGUAAGACACAUCUGGCAAAGACACUCGCCCGACGUAUCAACGUUCCCUUCGUUAUCGCGGAUGCAACGUCGCUUACUCAAAGUGGCUAUGUCGGUGAUGACGUGGAGUCUAUUUUGUACAAGCUGCUCAUGGCGGCCAACUUCAACGUUUCCUUAGCAGAGCGCGGUGUUGUGUUUAUAGAUGAGAUAGACAAAUGCGCAAAGAAGAGCGAGAGCGUGUCAAUUACGAGAGAUGUGUCUGGUGUUGGAGUUCAACAAGCUUUGCUCAAGAUUUUGGAAGGCUCAGUAGUUGGAGUGCCAGAGCGUGGCGGCGGAAGGAAAAACCCUCGUGGAGAUGUCAUUCACGUGGACACGACGAAUAUACUUUUCAUUUGUGGUGGCGCUUUCCCUGGGCUGGAACGCAUCGUGGCAGACCGGAUGUCAGCAAGCAGCAUUGGUUUUGGCGCAAACGUCAGGGCAGAGGGAAGAGAUGGGCCAAUUAGCUCGUCCAUUCUCGACCAUAUUGAGAGUGAGGAUCUUGCCAGCUUCGGCCUUAUUGGGGAGCUUAUCGGGCGACUGCCAAUUGUCGUCAAUCUUCACGCGUUGAACAUGCAAGAGCUAAUUCAGAUUCUGACACAACCAAAGAAUGCUAUUGUCAAGCAGUUCAAACAGCUGGUAGGAAUGAACAAUGCAGAGCUUCAUGUCACGGACCCUGCGCUGUCCAUCAUCGCUCGACAGGCACUAGAAAAGGGAACUGGUGCACGGGGGCUGCGCUCCCUUAUGGAACGGACUCUCAAUGAUGCUAUGUACGAACUGCCCGACAUGGACGGCAUGUCGGCGGCAAUUGUCGUCGCAGAAGAUGAAGACGCGCCUGGGGAACGUGUAUGCACGACAGUCUUGCGCGGGCGAGGGGCUUUGGAGCGAUAUCUUGCCGAGACUAGUGGGUCAGGCAAUCAGGACACUGAAGAGGCAGUGCUGAACUGACAAGUUCUGUUCUUCCCUCGCAGGGUGUCUUGUACAAUAUUAUACAGUGAUCUCAUUACUUGCGGGCUUCAAUUCAGGAACAGGCAGAUUUUGCAGCGAAGUACCAGUACCGAAGGCAUGAGAAAUUGUAAAGAGGCAGAGUAGACGCUUCUUCUGGGACUGAGUAAGGGUCCACCUACGCCGGGCGUCGGCUGGGCACGGUUGAAGCUGUAAAACAUCGUCAGGACUAUGAUUCUCUAGGCAUCCGCUUUAGUAUCAAGUCUUGUCCAGGUUCGCACGGUUCUGAACGAAACGCGAUCCCUGACCCGAAAGCAGUAGAGAUAUGCCUUGAAAUAUAUAUUUUAUACAAUGAGGUGUGUAGUCAUGCAAGCAAUUUUUGCUGUGAUAAACUCUGCAGCCUGGAGUUA